AUGACGCCCGGCGAAUCCAAAGAUGAGCGUGAAGAACGAGUCGCCCGCCUCUGGGAGAGCCUAGACACGCGCAACGAGGGCCACAUCGACUUGAACGGCCUCAAGAAAGGCUUGAAGAAGAUCGACCAUCCUCUGAAAAAUGCGGAUGAUCUGCUGGGUGCCAUCUUGCGUGAUGUCGACACCAAUCGCGAUGGUCGCAUAGACUACAAUGACUUUCGAAAGUUUAUCAACCACACCGAGGCCGGUCUUUGGCAAAUGUUCCUGAAUAUCGAUGACAACAAUAAUGGAGUGAUCGAUAAAGACGAGCUGCGAAGUGCCUUUGCUCGGUCAGGGGUCGUCGUCUCCAACGCCAAGCUCGAUGCGCUUUUUGCCGAGGUUGACGAAAAUGACGACGGAGUUCUCUCCUACGCAGAAUGGAGGGACUUUUUGCUCUUCCUUCCACUGCACUCCGCCUCCGAUCUUCGCGCCGUUCUAUCAUACUACACAGCAACGGGCAAUCUAAACCCGGAAGGAGAUGUCCACAUCAAUGACCUGCAGGGUUUAGGUACAGACCACAUAUUUCCUACUUCGCAUUCCUCUUUCCUCCAGCGCCUCUUGUACACUAUCCUCUCUCUGCCGGCGCUGGCCUCUCUCCUCCCUUCCGCAUACGCACAGACUGCCCUCACCUCCGGCUCGGUCACGGGCUUACUAUCUGGCUCGGAGAGUGACGUCCUAUCCUUGGAUGAGGAUCAUCAGCUGGAAUGGCUACCCAUCCCCAAGACCGUCGCCAUGUGGAUGUCAUUUCGCUACUAUGAACGCAAGUUGACCGAGAACACUCCCCAACUAGGCUACUUUAUCGCAGGCGGUAUUGCCGGGGUUGUUUCGAGAACGGCAACUGCACCCCUGGACCGUCUCAAAGUCUAUCUUAUCGCUCAGACAGGGAGCAAAGAGUCGGCUGUUCAAGCGGCGAAAGAAGGCGCUCCACUGGCGGCGGCUGGGAAUGCGUCGAAAACAUUGCUUGGUGCGCUGAAAGAGCUUUGGCGAGCUGGCGGAAUUCGAAGCUUGUUUGCUGGAAACGGACUGAAUGUUUUAAAGGUCAUGCCCGAAUCGGCAAUCAAAUUCGGCGCCUAUGAGUCUUCAAAACAAGCAUUUGCUCGGUUCGAAGGUCACAAUGAUCCCAAGAAGCUUCGACCCACAUCUCAGUUCUUGUCGGGUGGUAUCGGUGGAAUGGUGGCCCAGUGCUUCGUUUACCCGGUUGAUACGUUGAAGUUCCGCAUGCAGUGCUCCACGAUUGAGGGCGGAUUGAGAGGGAAUAAGCUCAUCUUUGCCACGGCGCAGAAAGUUGUCGCUGCGCAUGGUAUCUUCGGUUUCUUUCGUGGGCUGCCUCUUGGUCUCGUGGGCAUGUUUCCCUAUGCGGCGAUCGAUCUCUCCACAUUCGAGUAUCUCAAGAGAGCGCUCGUUGCCCGGCAGGCCUGCCUCGAGAAUUGUCACGAAGAUGAUGUGACACUGAGCAACUUCUUCACCGGAACAAUCGGAGCCAUCAGUGGCGGAUUCAGCGCCUCCGUUGUUUAUCCGCUGAACGUGAUGCGGACUCGUCUCCAAGCUCAAGGCACAGACCUUCAUCCGACCACUUACUCCAGCAUCACUGAUGUUGCCCGGAAGACUUACAAGGCCGAAGGUCUUCGAGGGUUCUACAAGGGCUUGACGCCCAACCUCCUAAAAGUGGCACCGGCAGUAUCCAUCAGCUACGUGGUGUACGAGAACUCAAAACGGAUGCUCGGCCUAAGAUAG